AUGGAACAGAGGAGGCCCUGGCCACGGGCCCCUGAGGUUGACAGCUGGUCAGUGGUCAUACUCUCAGUGGUCUGGGUGCUGCUGGCCCCCCCAGUGGCUGGCAUGCCUCAGUUUAGCACCUUCCACUCUGAGAACCGUGACUGGACCUUCAACCACUUGACUGUCCACCGGGGAACGGGGGCUGUGUACGUGGGGGCCAUCAACAGGGUGUACAAGCUGACGGGCAAUCUGACCAUCCAGGUGGCUCACAAGACAGGGCCAGAGGAAGACAACAAGUCCUGCUACCCACCCCUCAUUGUGCAGCCCUGCAGCGAGGUGCUCACCCUCACCAACAAUGUCAACAAGCUGCUCAUAAUUGACUACUCUGAGAACCGCCUGCUGGCCUGUGGGAGCCUCUAUCAGGGGGUCUGCAAGCUGCUGAGGCUGGACGACCUCUUCAUCCUGGUGGAGCCGUCCCACAAAAAGGAGCACUACCUGUCCAGCGUCAACAAGACAGGCACCAUGUAUGGGGUGAUCGUGCGUUCCGAGGGUGAGGAUGGCAAGCUCUUCAUCGGCACCGCUGUGGACGGAAAGCAGGAUUACUUCCCGACCCUGUCCAGCCGGAAGCUGCCCCGCGACCCCGAGUCCUCAGCCAUGCUCGACUAUGAGCUACACAGUGAUUUUGUCUCCUCCCUUAUCAAGAUCCCCUCGGACACCCUGGCCCUAGUCUCCCACUUUGACAUCUUCUACAUCUAUGGCUUUGCCAGCGGGGGCUUCGUCUACUUCCUCACGGUCCAGCCUGAGACCCCCGAGGGUGUGGCCAUCAACUCCGCUGGAGAUCUUUUCUACACCUCACGCAUCGUGCGACUCUGCAAGGAUGACCCCAAGUUCCACUCGUACGUGUCCCUGCCCUUUGGCUGCACGCGGGCUGGGGUGGAAUACCGCCUCCUGCAGGCCGCUUACCUCGCCAAGCCCGGGGACUCCCUGGCCCAGGCUUUCAACAUCAGCAGCCAGGACGACGUGCUUUUCGCCAUUUUCUCCAAAGGGCAGAAGCAGUAUCACCACCCGCCUGACGACUCUGCCCUCUGUGCCUUCCCUAUCCGGGCCAUCAACCUGCAGAUCAAGGAGCGCCUUCAGUCCUGCUACCAGGGCGAGGGCAACCUGGAGCUCAACUGGCUGCUGGGGAAGGAUGUACAGUGCACCAAGGCGCCGGUCCCCAUCGAUGACAACUUCUGUGGACUGGACAUCAACCAGCCGCUCGGAGGCUCGACUCCUGUGGAGGGCCUGACCCUGUACACCACCAGCCGUGACCGCAUGACCUCCCUGGCCUCCUAUGUCUACAAUGGUUACAGCGUGGUUUUUGUGGGGACCAAGAGCGGCAAGCUGAAGAAGAUUCGGGCAGAUGGUCCCCCCCAUGGUGGAGUCCAGUAUGAGAUGGUCUCUGUGCUCAAGGAUGGGAGCCCCAUCCUCCAGGACAUGGCUUUCUCCAUUGAUCAGCGCUACCUGUACGUCAUGUCCGAGAGACAAGUCACCAGGGUCCCUGUGGAAUCGUGUGAACAGUACACGACUUGUGGGGAGUGCCUGAGCUCGGGGGACCCGCACUGUGGCUGGUGCACCCUGCACAACAUGUGCUCCCGCAGGGACAAGUGCCAGCGGGCCUGGGAACCUAAUCGAUUUGCUGCCAGCAUCAGCGAGUGCAUGAGCCUCGAGGUGCAUCCCAGCAGCAUCUCGGUGUCUGAACACAGCCGCUUGCUCAGCCUUGUCGUGAGUGAUGCUCCCGACCUGUCUGCGGGAGUUGCCUGUGCCUUUGGGAACCUGACAGAGGUGGAGGGGCAAGUGUCCGGGAGCCAGGUCAUCUGCAUGUCCCCUGGGCCCAAGGAUGUCCCUGUCAUCCCUCUGGAUCAAGACUGGUUUGGGCUCGAACUGCAGCUGAGGUCCAAGGAGACGGGGAAGAUAUUUGUCAGCACUGAGUUCAAGUUCUACAACUGCAGCGCCCACCAACUGUGCCUGUCUUGUGUGAACAGCGCCUUCCGCUGCCAUUGGUGCAAAUACCGCAACCUCUGCACUCAUGACCCCACCACCUGUUCCUUCCAGGAGGGCCGCAUCAAUAUUUCAGAGGACUGUCCCCAGCUAGUGCCCACGGAAGAGAUCCUGAUACCUGUCGGGGAGGUAAAGCCAAUCACUCUGAAGGCCCGAAACCUGCCCCAGCCUCAGUCCGGCCAGCGAGGCUAUGAGUGUGUCCUCAGCAUCCAAGGGGCCAUCCACCGAGUCCCUGCCCUGCGCUUCAACAGCUCCAGCGUCCAGUGCCAGAACAGCUCGUACCAGUAUGACGGGAUGGACAUCAGCAACUUGGCCGUGGACUUUGCCGUGGUGUGGAAUGGCAAUUUCAUCAUCGACAACCCUCAGGACCUGAAAGUCCACCUCUACAAGUGCGCAGCCCAGCGGGAGAGCUGCGGCCUCUGCCUGAAGGCCGACCGGAAGUUCGAGUGCGGCUGGUGCAGCGGCGAACGCAGAUGCACCCUCCACCAGCACUGUGCCAGCCCCUCCAGCCCCUGGCUCGACUGGUCCAGCCACAAUGUCAAGUGCUCCAACCCCCAGAUCACCGAGAUCUUGACGGUGUCUGGGCCGCCCGAAGGAGGGACUCGCGUGACCAUCCAUGGCGUGAACCUGGGCCUGGACUUCUCUGAGAUCGCCCACCACGUGCAGGUGGCUGGGGUGCCCUGCACGCCCCUCCCAGGGGAGUACAUCAUCGCUGAGCAGAUCGUCUGUGAGAUGGGCCAUGCCCUCGUGGGGACCACCUCUGGGCCUGUGCGCCUGUGCAUUGGCGAGUGUAAACCAGAGUUCAUGACCAAGUCCCAUCAACAGUACACCUUUGUGAACCCUUCAGUGCUGUCACUCAACCCCAUCCGAGGGCCAGAGUCAGGAGGCACCAUGGUGACCGUCACAGGCCAUUACCUCGGGGCCGGGAGCAGUGUGGCAGUGCACCUGGGCAACCAGACCUGCGAGUUCUAUGGGCGGUCAAUGAAUGAGAUCGUGUGUGUCUCGCCCCCAUCGUCCAAUGGACUGGGCCCGGUCCCUGUUUCCGUGAGUGUAGACCGGGCCCACGUGGACAACAACCUACAGUUUGAGUACAUCGAUGACCCCCGCGUCCAGCGCAUUGAGCCUGAGUGGAGCAUUGCCAGCGGCCACACACCCCUGACCAUCACAGGCUUCAACCUGGAUGUCAUUCAGGAGCCAAGGAUCCGAGUCAAGUUUAACGGCAAAGAAUCUGUCAAUGUGUGUAAAGUUGUGAACACAACCACCCUGACCUGUCUGGCCCCCUCGCUGACCACGGACUACCGGCCUGGCCUGGACACCGUGGAACGGCCAGACGAGUUUGGAUUUGUCUUCAACAAUGUCCAGUCCCUGCUGAUUUACAACGACACCAAGUUCAUCUACUACCCCAACCCAACCUUUGAGCUGCUCAGCCCUACUGGAGUCUUGGAUCAGAAGCCAGGAUCCCCCAUCAUUCUGAAGGGCAAAAACCUCUGCCCUCCUGCCUCUGGAGGUGCCAAGCUCAACUACACGGUGCUGAUUGGAGAGACGCCUUGUGCCGUCACCGUGUCUGAGACACAGCUCCUCUGUGAGCCGCCCACCCUCACGGGGCAGCACAAGGUCAUGGUUCACGUGGGCGGGAUGGUGUUCUCGCCUGGCUCGGUGAGCGUGAUCUCAGACAGCUUGCUGACCCUGCCAGCCAUCGUCAGCAUCGCGGCAGGUGGCAGCCUCCUGCUCAUCAUCGUCAUCAUUGUCCUCAUUGCCUACAAGCGGAAGUCCAGAGAAAAUGACCUUACUCUCAAGAGGCUCCAGAUGCAGAUGGACAACCUGGAGUCGCGGGUGGCCCUGGAGUGUAAGGAAGCUACGCUCAUCUUCACUGCCGUUCCUCCACCGCACGGGGCCUCCAAAUCCCCCAAACGGGAAUAUCGGCUCACACGUGGAAGCAGCAGCCCUGAGAAGGGAUGGCACCCCCCACCCUUCCACAGGGUGCAGGGGAACGGGCAGCAGCACGUGGAGAAGGCCCUGAAGCUCUUUGCCCAGCUCAUCAACAACAAGGUGUUCCUGCUGACCUUCAUCCGCACCCUGGAACUGCAACGCAGUUUCUCCAUGCGCGACCGUGGCAACGUGGCCUCGCUCAUCAUGACCGGCCUGCAGGGCCGCCUCGAGUACGCCACCGACGUGCUCAAGCAGCUGCUCUCGGACCUCAUCGAUAAGAACCUGGAGAACAAGAACCACCCCAAGCUGCUUCUCCGGAGGACGGAGUCGGUGGCUGAGAAGAUGCUGACCAACUGGUUCGCCUUCCUGCUGCACAGGUUCCUGAAGGAGUGCGCCGGGGAGCCGCUCUUCAUGCUCUACUGUGCCAUCAAGCAGCAGAUGGAGAAGGGCCCCAUCGACGCCAUCACAGGCGAAGCCCGAUACUCUCUGAGCGAGGACAAGCUCAUCCGACAACAGAUUGAGUACAAGACCCUGAUCCUGAACUGCGUCAACCCAGACAACGAGAACAGCCCGGAGAUCCCAGUAAAGGCGUUAAACUGUGACACCAUCACACAGGUCAAGGAGAAGAUCCUGGAUGCCGUGUAUAAGAACGUGCCCUACUCCCAGCGGCCGAGGGCUGUGGACAUGGACUUGGAGUGGCGCCAAGGCCGGAUUGCCCGGGUCGUGCUGCAAGACGAGGACAUCACCACCAAGAUCGAGGGUGACUGGAAGCGGCUCAACACGCUGAUGCAUUAUCAGGUGUCAGACCGAUCGGUGGUGGCUCUGGUCCCCAAACAGACCUCCUCAUACAACAUCCCUGCCUCCGCCAGCAUCUCCAGGACAUCCAUCAGCAGAUACGAUUCCUCCUUCAGGUACACGGGCAGUCCCGACAGUCUGCGGUCUCGGGCCCCUAUGAUCACCCCAGACCUGGAGAGCGGGGUCAAGGUGUGGCACCUGGUGAAGAACCAUGACCACGGGGACCAGAAGGAGGGGGACCGGGGGAGCAAGAUGGUAUCUGAGAUCUACCUGACCCGGCUACUGGCCACCAAGGGCACCCUGCAGAAGUUCGUGGAUGACUUGUUCGAGACCUUGUUCAGCACGGUGCACAGGGGCAGUGCCCUCCCCCUGGCCAUCAAGUACAUGUUUGACUUCCUGGAUGAGCAGGCAGACCGACACAGCAUCCACGACACAGAUGUGCGGCAUACCUGGAAAAGCAACUGCCUCCCUUUGCGGUUCUGGGUGAACGUGAUCAAGAACCCCCAGUUUGUGUUUGACAUCCACAAGGGCAGCAUCACGGACGCCUGCCUCUCGGUGGUGGCCCAGACCUUCAUGGACUCCUGUUCCACGUCAGAGCACCGGCUGGGCAAGGACUCGCCCUCCAACAAGCUGCUUUAUGCCAAGGACAUCCCCAGCUACAAGAGCUGGGUGGAGAGAUACUACGCAGACAUCGCCAAGCUCCCCGCCAUCAGUGACCAGGACAUGAACGCCUACCUCGCUGAGCAGUCCCGCCUGCACGCCGUGGAGUUCAACAUGCUGAGUGCCCUCAAUGAGAUCUAUUCCUAUGUCAGCAAGUAUAGUGAAGAGCUCAUUGGGGCCCUGGAGCAGGACGAGCAGGCCCGGCGGCAGCGGCUGGCCUACAAGGUGGAGCAGCUUAUCGGCGCCAUGUCCAUUGAGAGCUGA